CUCCCCCCCAUGGACCAAGCCCAGGGCAAGACCGGCUCGGGUGCAGUUGCCUCGGCCUCGGUCGCCAACCGUGCACGCAGAGAACGUAUCCGUGCGCUCGCACUCACAACCAUUGACCUCAAGUCGGACCCGUUCUUCACUCGCACCCACCAUGGGCACUACGAGUGCUCGCUCUGCCUCACACACCACUCGAACGAGGGCUCGUAUCUCGCGCACACCCAGGCCCGCAAGCACCGGCAGAACCUCGCCAAGCGGCAGGCGCGGCAGGCGCAGGCGGCCGAGGCGGCGCCGCUGCCACAGCCUGCGGCGGCCGCGGGUGGGCGGCGCGCGCCGCGGCGGGCCACCAUCGGCGUCCCGCACCACGCCGUCGAGCGGCUGCUCGAUCCCGAGACUCAACAGGUCGGCCUACGCAUCUCGAUCGCUUACCCGGAGAUUGCCGACGGCAUCCAGCCGCGGCACCAGUUCAUGUCGGCGUACGAGCAGAAGCAUGAGGCGCCCGACAAAGACUACCUCUAUCUGGUCUUUGCCGCAGACCCAUACUCCAACGUCGCCGUCAAGAUCCCCAACCGCCCGCUCGAUCGCGCGCCCGACAAGUUCUUCACCAACUGGGACUGGGACAACCUCGAGUACUCGCUCACUCUCCACUACGCUCUGUCUGAGCCCGAGUCCGAGCCUGAGCCCAGCGCCACCAACCAAUCGACUGCGCUGCCGUCGUGAUAGCUGUUCAUCGCUGCUACGUACCACAGCCCCGUCCCACGUCCGUUCCACCCCCUCCAAACCCGUUCCGCCCGCUCGGAUUAGUUGCGGCCCCGGUGCCGAUGGCCAUAUCUGUAAACUUGCCACCGUCGUCUC